AUGUCCAGUAAUUUUAUUGAAGGGCUUAGUGCUUCAAGCCCUUUUACCGAGGGCUUUGCCCAGCUCUGGAAGGUUGCUAGUCAACGUCAGCUGACAGGUCGACAAUCCAGACCUUCCACUAGUUCCUCUGGUUCAGUGUGGAGCCCCAUCCUCAUUGAUGCAUUGACUGAACCAGAGAGCCAGGAUGAAAAUGUACCUCCAAACAACAUCUGUAGCCCUGUCGCAAGCUGCAGCUAUAGGCGAAAUCAACGGAGCCGGAACGAAUCAAUCAGGAGCCCAAUUCCAAGCUGCAGCUACAGCAGGGCAAGUGACCAAGAAGAAGAAGAUGAUGAUGAAAUCCUGGCUACAGAUACAGAGACUCCUAGAUUAACUUCAUCAAAAAAACAAACAUCUCCCAAAGAAAUGGAACAAGUUAUCAAGAUUGCAAGUUCCCUGGCCCAAAACCUGGAGAGAAAAACAAUAAGAAAAAAAAGCAGAAAUGCAAUAUUUGUGGAAUAUCUUCUCGAUAUAUUGGAAGGGCUGUCCGAAGAGGAGGCAGGCAACAUAAGAAGAGAUAUAUUGAAAUAUCUGUGUGACAAUCAUUUAGAUCAAAUUUAGAUUGAUAAAAUAAAAAUAAAACCAACAAUUUAUAAUAUGUAUUUACUUGCAUUAUUUAUUAUUUUUUGAAAAUCUAUUUCUUGAAUUUAUCUCACAUCUUAUGUAUGUAGGUAGAUAUAGACUCCAUAGCUG